GGUGUUUUUUUUUUUUUCCUGCUCUUCUCACCGAUAAAAAAAAAAACCCAAACAAACAAACGAACGAACAAAAACAAACCGCGAACGCUGCCGGAGACUCCGGGUGGACACUGAAGGACACGCAGAGAUGCGACGCCUGGGCUCAGUUCAGCAGAAGAUACCGUGUGUUUUCCUGACGGAGGUGAAAGACGAACAGUCCCGAAAGCGCGAGUGUCAGCAGUUUCAGGUGGUGGCCACUGAAAAUGUGAACCCUGUCGCUGCGGAGGCGAAUGUUGAUUGUGCACUUGCCACGGAAAAACUGGACGGCACCUGCUGUUACGUUACAGUUUAUAAAGGGCAGCCUCACCUCUGGGCCCGACUCGACAGGAAACCCAACAAACAGGCAGAGAAGAGGUUCAGAAAGUACCAGCAUUCUCACAGGAGCUGUAAAGGUUUCACGUGGAACGUAGAGGAAGAUUUUAAGACGGUGCCCGGGGCGUGGAUCCCAGCUCACAGGGUGAGACAUCACAGCGGCCGCCCGGUCCCCGAUGAACACGGACACAUUCCAGGCUGGGUUCCAGUGGAGGGGGACAACAAGCAGUACUGUUGGCACUCCUCAGUGGUGGAUUACGAAGUCGGGGCGGCUCUCGUUCUCAGGCCCCACGCUGACGACGACGAAGACCGGCUAGAAAUCGCAGCGGUUCCGCUGGCUGACCUCAUGGAGCAAACGCUGGAGCUCAUCGGAACCAAUGUCAACGGGAACCCUUAUGGACUGGGGAGCAAGAAGCAGCCUGUCCACUUCCUGGUGCUACACGGGAGUGUUAAAAUCAGAAACCCCCCACCGGUGGACUUCCAGCAGCUGUGCUCCUGGUUCCGGGAGAGUCCAGAGCGCCGAGUCGAGGGCAUCGUCUGGCACUGCAACGACGGCACGCUCGUUAAGGUCCAUCGUCAUCACCUGGGCCUGAGGUGGCCAGACGGGGGAUCCGGCUUUGGCGACAGGUCGGUGGUCAUUCGUGUCGACCGGGCGGCCGACGAGUACAGCAGCAGCAGCAGCAAGGACCUGUUCACAUCUUUCUCCACACUAAAUGGACACUGCUUCAGCCGGCUUCAGGAGAUCCACUUUGACCCGUAAAUCCACAGCCCGAGAAGAUCAAGCAUUCCCUUCCCUAAAGCUCCUGCUGGGACCCUGCAAGGUUUCCUCGCUUUGCCGAUAGGUGCCAGAUACUUUUACCUGUAAUUCCGGAUGAGUGAUUUUAAAAUUCACCGUUCAAAGCACUUCAAUUCCGUGGAAACCGUUGAUCUACCCUGAUGCAGAACCACAGGUUUUUUUUGUUUGUUUUUUUAAAUAUUAAAAUGAGCUGAAAGUCUUAAUCAGCGCGGUUUACAAAUGAGGCAGAGUGGAUCAAACCCGUGUCCUCUUGGUUGCGGGAAGGUCGAACCUUCAGCACCAGACGGUAACAGUGGAUUGUAAAGCCGGCAGACGGUUUGCCAUUUGCUUUUGCAGAGAUGUGCACAGCUUUCAGGGGCAUUCACAUUACAGCGGAAAAAAACAAGCGUCCCGUGUUGGGCGUUCCGCGGUGGUCGGUGCAGCAUUUACCAUCGUGAAACUCCUGGUGGCGCUGCGCCAAAGACGCAGUCACCUUAGCUACAAUGCUACAUUUGAGAUGUUAACAAACCUGGCAGCUGCAUCUGCAUGCUGAUUAGUUUUAAACGCAAAUUCAUUUUUCGUCUGGUCUUCGUAUGAGGCCAGUUGUACAUUUUUUUUAAAAUUCAGAAACGAGUAGUUUUCUCGUGCAAUCAUAGGUCAACACAGCUCGGAUC